ACAUGCAUUACUUGCCAAAUAGUUAAUUUAGAUCAGAUAGUGCUGUUUAAGAUUGAAAUGUUUGCUUCUACCAGUCGAACUCUGUUCGCUCGCUCAGUGGCUCCUCAGCUGCGAAAUGGACUCCGUCGAGGAAUUGCAGCCAACGUGCAGCGUGAGGCUCGCAGGAACCGACACUUGAUGAUGGGUGGAGCAGCAUUCAUCGGCGGUGGACUUUGGCUAUGUCUAGACAAUUCGAAAGUUGUGGCCGAGACUUUAAAAGUGGACUGGAAGAAACUAAAAGAGGACAUUGUCGGACUACUGGACGAUGAUAACCAUGACGACGGCUCCUUUGGGCCUAUUUUUGUCCGACUAGCUUGGCACUCGUGUGGUACUUGGUGUAAGCACACAAAGACAGGAGGAAGUGACGGUGGUACUAUGAGGUUCAAGACGGAAGGAGGCCAUGGAGCCAAUGCGGGUCUGCAUACUGCCCGAGCCAGAUUGGAACCACUGAUGGAAAAAUAUCCAGGGUUGUCGCAUGCCGACCUUUACGUGUUUGCUGGAUGCAUAGCGAUUGAAGAGAUGGGAGGACCUCGAAUUCCCUUCCGCCCUGGAAGAUCUGAAGCCAAGGAGGAGUCGGCUCCUGAAAAGGAUCCACGAUUCUCACCCGAUGGUCGAUUGCCCGAUGCGGCUCAGCAGGAGACUCAUCUACGAGACAUUUUCUACCGAAUGGGUUUCAAUGAUCAGGAGAUUGUUGCUCUAAGUGGAGCCCAUGCUCUCGGACGUUGUCAUACGACAUCUUCCGGUUUCGAAGGACCCUGGACUCGAGCUCCGACUACUUUUUCUAACGAGUACUUCAGAGAACUCGUGGAGAAUACAUGGACUGUGAAAAAGUGGAAGGGUCCGAAGCAGUACGAAGAUCCAACAGGGGACCUGAUGAUGUUGGAAUCGGACAUGGCACUGACUCGGGAUCCGACUUUCAAGAAGUGGGUGGAGAUCUAUGCUAAAGAUGAAGAAAAGUUCUUCAAGGACUUUCAGGCCGCAUUCACGAAGCUGACGGAGUUGGGUUUAAAGUUUCCUCCGGCAGAGCAGGCUAAAGGUGGAUUUUUCAGUUUCCUAGGCGGAAAAUCUCCCAGUCCAUAUGUGAAUUAAACUAUGUACUGAAACUAACUUUAAACGUGUAUAGUAAACUACGAGGAAUAAAUUAUUAGUAAAUUCUGAAAAAUAACUGUUUUGUGUGUUAUAGGCGCUUGAACUUCAUGCAGUUUCCUUGUUUAUCAGUUCUCUAUUGGAAAUCGACUUAAAUAAGAUUAAAUAUGGGGCUCUUCUAUAGUUUUGAUUUUCUGUGAAAAUUUGAGACAAUCAUACAUUGGGGCUACGAUAAGGACUAUUGAUCAUAUUAUCAUUGUUGAUAAUAGAUUUGUAAAGUGUUUUCUGCAUCCUGAGAAUAAAUUAUUUGACCUUU